UUUGUGACCUACACCACAGCUCACAGCAGAUCCUUCACCCACUGAGCGAGACCAGAGAUAGAACCCUCGUCCUCAUUACUAGUCGGGUUCGUAACUGCUGAGGCAGGACGGGACCUCCCUGCAGUGCUGCUUUAAUACCAGGGGCACCCUCCGGAGCUCAGCGUCAGGAUGGACAAGGAAUGGACAUUCUCCAGGAAUCUAGAGGCUCUGAGAGGAUCUGUUCCACGUCUUCCUUCUAACUUUUGAGGAUUUCGGAACAUCCUUGGUGUCCCUUGUCUGCUACGCUCAGGGCUCCAGUCUCUGCCUCCGUCUUCACACGGUCCGCGUGGUCUCCCUUGUGUAUCCAUCCAAACGACCCUCUUCUGAUAAAGACACGACUCAUUUGGAUUUGGGGAUCUUCCUUAAUCGAGUAUGACCUCUUUGAACCCUGAUUACAUCAGCAGAGACUUUACUUCUAAAUAAUAUCAUGCUCAUAGGAACCAGCGUCAUUGCUGCAGUUCUCUGUCUCCACAAGAGCAGAGGAAGUGUUCCCCAGGUGUGUUCUCAGGGUAUUUAUCAGAUUUUGACAAACAGAAUAUCCCCUGCUCUGGUUGAAGCCACAGUUUGGUGGAGCUCACAGAAGUCCCUGGAAGGCUAUCGGAAGAGACAUUCAACAACGCAAGGAUUGUGCAGGGUCCCGGACCAUGGCCAAUCGCGCGGGGCCGGGUCGUCAUGGCGACGGAUACACUAACAGGGCCACUGUGUGCCAGAAGCCUGUCAGCUGGAGAGCUGGGGGCGAUGGCGAAGAACCUGUAUGGUCCCGGAGUCCGGAUGGGCAACUGGAACGAGGACGUCUAUCUGGAAGAGGAGCGCAUGAGAGACUUCUUAGCAAAGAGGGAUGAGGGACAGCUUCUCAUACAGAAAAACAGAAGACUGAAAGAGAAUCUUUUGAGACCGAUGCAGCUUUCUGUAUCCGAAGAUGGAUACAUUCACUAUGGCGACAAAGUGAUGCUUGUGAAUCCCGACCAUCCUGAGGUGGAAGCCGAUCUGUUUCUGGGUGGGGACCUGAGCCUGUGUAUGACUCCAGAUGAAAUUAAAGCCUAUCUGAGUGAUGAAUUAGAGGUGCCUUGUGGCCUGAGCGCAGCUCAAACCAAGAUCCCGGUUGGCAGAAACACUUUCACCAUUUUGUGUGCUGCUGGAGAGGUCAUUGGUCAAGUCGUCAGAUACGGGCAGAACUUUCGCCUGGGGAUAGCAGGAGGAUUUGAGGGCAGAAUGUUCUAUUUAUCAAGUGACCACAGGACCCUGAUGAAGUCGUCUAAGAGGUCUUGGCUCCAGGAGGUGUACCUGACAGAUGAGGACUCCUACCUGAACUGCUGGCAGGCUGCCUUCCCCGACCCCCAGCUACGCCUGGAGUACGAAGGCUUCCCCAUCCCGGCAAAUGCAAAAAUUCUUAUCAAUCACUGCCACACAAAUCGAGGGCUGGUGGCCCACCGGCAUCUUUUCUUAAGUACCUAUUUUGGAAAGGAAGUGGAGGUCGCUGCUCACACAUAUUUGGAUUCACACAGAGUGGAGAAGCCCAAGAACCAUUGGAUGUUGGUGACUGGGAAUCCCAGGAAGAAUGCGCCCACCGUAUUGGAUCUGCCCAAACCGCCAGCAGAGGGCACCCGAGCCCUGGAGCAGGUGGCCGAGACCCCCGGGAGCAGUACCACACCUGGUGCGCAUGCGUGCUCUCAUCCACUCUAGCCUUCCAGGAAAUCCUCAAUCUUGGUCUAGCCUCAAGCUAUUUUUAAGGAAGGCCAGAGCUCUCUGAACAUUGUAUUAAAACAAAGGCUAUAUUAAGAUUAUUGAAUUAACCACAGAGGUCUAGAACACAGGAUAAAAAAAGAAAACCUUGCUCAGAAAUGGUAUUUGAAGGUGAUGAUGAUAUUCCUUCCUUGAUGACCAAAUUCUGAAGUCUCAGCUACCUUCAUUUAGAUCCUAUGUAGCGAAGGCUUCUACAAAGACUGUGUUACUUUGUAAUGCUCUAUGUAAUAAAGCUAUUGGAACUUUGCAGAAUUUCUGGCACCACUCUCUUGACGCCCACUCUACGGGUAGCCGUGGGCUGUGUGGCCUUACCUUAGAGUUAAACAUUUUCAAGCUUGUAUUUAUUUUGUUUUUGGCCUUAUCCAGGGCAUGAGGAAUUCCCCAGCCAAGGGUGGUAUCCGAGCCACAGCAGUGACAAUUCUGGAUCCUGGCGUUGCCGUGGCUGUGGUGUAGGCUGGGAGCUAGGCUGCAUGGAAGGCCCCCCGCCCACAUUUUUAUUUCUUUCUCUGACUUGGGGUGUGGGGAGGUCAUGAGCCUUAUUCGACCAUUCUAUUAUUUUGUAAUGAUUUUUCAAAUUGCAGAAUCUCCUUAUUUCUACCUUAUCUUCAAAACUAGCAUGUUAGUUGUGGCAUCCAUGUGAUCAGAAAGUUCCUGACAAAAUAAAUAUACAUCCUUCCA